AUGUCUUACUUCCGAAUCACGCUCAUCCGCUCCGCGAUUGGUCUUCCGUCGAAAUCUACCAAUGUCCUCAAAGCGCUGGGCCUCCGCAAGCGAAUGAAUACUGUCUUUCACCCCGUAUCUCCUACGGUCGCUGGCCAGAUCAUGAAAGUCAAAGAACUUGUUGCAGUCAGUGAAGUCGAUGAACCUCUCACUAAACAGGAGGUGCACCAAUCGCGUCGGCCCGAUCCUGGAUUCUACAUUGAAUCGAGAGCUGCGGACCAGCUGAAAGAAUAUCAAGAGUCCUGA